AAGCUGUAAGCAAAACGAUUUUCUCAGCGCCUCACUUUAAAAAUGAGCAUCAGUCUGAGCUCCUCAGGUUAGAUAACUCUGUUGUGACCGACCAUGUACAAGCUGGGGUUGUUGUUACUUGUAGUCGUGGGCGGUGUUUCUGUUUCAGCUACAAACUGUGGCCCCAACACCCUGGACAAAUUUGUUUCCAUUCUCUGUGGCAACUACAGUAAUUUAGGGGACAUCAAGGAGGAUGUUAGGAACAGAUCACAUGACCAUAUUCAGAUAGAAUUUGUGCCAGUUAACAUUCCAGCAUUGUACCCAGCCUCUACACUGUACCACUCAUUCAGACGUAACAGCGUCAUCAUCAGACAACACAUCUGGGUCUGUAGUCUCAACACAUUCAGCUAUGUGGUGUGUCAGCCAUACAACAUCACAGUGCCCGUGCUCAAUCAGGAUGGUGAGAUCGACUACAAUGCGGUGUCUGACCUCGACUACACUGUGCUAGAUACCAACAUGGCUUGUACCAUUACAUGGAGGACGGUGGAGUUCAACUUAUUCUUCGGCUUCUGGCCAGACUGCACCAAUUAUUACGGAGGGCCAAUCGCUUCCUAUGGAGUCCACCUUAGCUGUAACGCCAUAUCAUCCGUGACGUAUCUGGACCUGUUCCCAGAAAAAUCUAACAACGCUCCCUACAUUGUGUGGAAAGUUGACAGCUGCCCUUCAAUGAACAACCACACAACUGAAGAUGACUAUAACAAGCUGUGCAGUUGCUGAAAUCUCUUCAUCAAGCUCAGACAUUAAUUUUAUCUUUAUCCAAUGCAGCGUCAAACACAUGUCUUUUUGCUCUUUUGGUUGUCUUGAUCAUUUUUUUCUUUAGUGUCAGAUGUAUGCUUUCUUAAUUAAUUGUAACUGUUCUCUGCUUAUUUGAAAUCUUCCAAUAUGUUCUUUAUAAAGCCCCAGUCUUAACUGAAAAGUUGCACAUAUUUGUUUUUAACUUAUUUGCUUUUACAACAACAACAAAAUAUUUGGAUGAUUCGUAAACGACUUCUGCCGUCAUGCAUUCACCCCAGGCUAACAACCGUUUAGCCUGCUAACAUUUCUGACCAAUAUGGAGUAGUUUUGAUUAGAAUUAGUAGGUAACAGUUAACAUAUCUAGUGGUGUUUUCGAAUAUUUAUGUGUGACAACUAUAUUCGUGACCAAUGCCACAAGAGGGAAAAGAGAUAAUAAACAUCCACAAGUACUGAUGUUUUCGUAACGAAUUAGAUCUUCUAGUCAUAAAUGUGUAUGUUGUUUGUGUAUGCCCUCAAUUUAAACAGGAAGCCGUCGACUUCAGAAACAGCACAUGACACAACCUAUUAUAAAAAAAUUUAAUAAAAAUAAAACGGGAGUGAUCUCCCCUAAACUUU